UAGCUCCUGUAUUGCUUCCCCUGAAUGGCUAGCGAUUUCCUAAAAACCCUUUUUUCCUCUCUUUCAAAAAUCACAAUCACAGGUUUUAGUAUCUGGGAACCUUAAACCCUAGCUCUAGAUAAUCAGGAUGGACGAGGCACGCGCACAGCCGGUAUGUGCACAGGAGGCGCUGGAUCUGCUCACUUGCGUUACUCAAUCUCCUUUCGAUCACGCUAAGUGCGUCCAGCUCUUGAAUUCUUCGAGAGAGUGCGUGCUCAACAAGGCAAAUCCAAAAGAUGUUCUACCUGACCACCAUCAACCUUGCACGGUUCCUAUGGGAGGAGGCCUGAUGCUAAAGGAAAAAGAGACAGAUGCGACUGUUGUUGCUGCUGUGGAAGCAUGGAAACAUGCAGAUUUGGUGUGGGAGUUCUUUGAAUUGUUGAAUGUUGUUAGAUUUUGAAGUUAGAUGAAGAUUUUUGGUUGGAUUAUAGUUUCGUCCAUCGUUAAUUGAAUGAGAAUCACUAUGUGGCUAGUGCAUGAGGAAAUUGAAUUACUAGUUUUUUUUUUUAAUUCCUGCAUAUGGUACCCCUGAGAGGUCCUUUAAAACACGUGCAGUGAUGAGUAAUUUAUCUCUUGGACUAAAAUAUGUCUUGGCUGUUUUUGUUCGUUCUCCUAAAAUUUUUAGGCUGAGCGUAAAGAUUUACAGAUUUAUAUUUCUUUGUAUUUAGAAUUAGGGGUGGAACUGAUACCUUGCAUCAUGAUGUUAUUGAUCAUAUAUUUUGUUGCAACUUUCUGAGAA